AUGCACCCGCCCCCAAUUCCCGGUCCCUGGGGCUAUCGCCGUGACCUGCCUCAGUCCAAGCCGCUCUUCGGGGGUGCACACAACCUUGGCCCCAAAAACUUCAAUUUCCGUGAUCUCAGCAUGAAGAAGGCUAGUGGAGACUACUUUGCCCUCCAGCCUCGCAUCGGCUCCUCGCCUACUGCCAGCCUGGCUGCCGACAUGUCGAGCAACCUGCACGUUGACCAGAGCCCUCAGCUCGCCACGCCCCGUCGGUCGCUCUUCACGUCCAAUCUCUUUCAGCAGUUGGACACAAGGGAAAACCUGACCCCAAUUGCCCGAUGGGAAGGUGUCACCACUCCCCCAAUUCCUUCUUCGUCGCCCGGCUUCGCUCCAGACUCGAUGGAUAUCUCGCCUCUUCCCCACAAGGCCCCCUUUAGCUUCGUCAACGACCGUUCUCUGCCGCUUCCCUCGCCCUCGCCCGAGACCACUCCCGGCACCGACAGUGACAUGUUGUCGUCGUGCAGCGACCUGCCUACGCCUCCCACGUACUCGACGGCAAACCUCGAGGUUCCUCGCCCAGUAUCUGCUGCUGACCGUCGCAAGUCUGCCCUGCUUAGGCCUUCUCUGAUGCGUUCCAAGAACAAUUCGUCCAACUCUGUUUCUUUCAAGGAUGAUGAGAAGUCCGACGAGAACUCGGUGCCUCCGCCUCCACCUUUCCAGUUCGGGUGUGGUGACUUUAGCCGCACCUCGUCUUCACUAACCCUGGACGAGUGCUUCGCCGCCUCGCCUCCACAAGAGCGCAGCAGGCCCACAUCCAAUGGAUCCCUAUUCGGCUCUUCUAGGCCCAAGCCCUACCGCCUCAACUCUACUGCUACCUCUAGUUCAAAUGGAUCGCCCCUUGCCGCCAUCCGGAAACCUGCUGGUCCCUCCUCGCGUCGACCAAGCAAGUUCCGACGUUCAUUGAGCAUGUUCGAGAGCCCCGGUGAUGUGAUGAAUGCCAAGCAGGAGCAGGAGAACUAUCAGCCCAGUGGUCUUCAGUCUGUAAUGGAUGUCGAUGAUGUCCACCCACUCAAACUUCCUCAUUUCACUACUAGCGAACCAGAGAGUCUUCCUCGCAUUACCCGUGAGACCCUGAUUGACGUGCUCGAUGGUGUUUACGACCACCUGUAUGACAACAAGGUGGUUAUUGACUGCCGUUUCGAGUAUGAGUACAACGGUGGGCACAUUGAAGGUGCUUUGAACUUUUGUGACAAGGAGAAGCUUGCCGAGCGUCUCUUCCAGGCCCCUUCUAGUGAGAACACUCUCUUGGUACUCCAUUGCGAGUACUCGGCACAUCGUGCUCCUCUGAUGGCCAAGUUUGUUCGCUCGCAAGACCGUAAAGAGAACGCUCACCAGUAUCCUUUCCUCUCCUUUCCCGAAGUCUACAUCCUUGAUGGUGGCUACAGCUCCUUCUUCCAUGCUCACGCUACCCGCUGCUAUCCCCAAAACUACCUUCGCAUGGACGCCAAAGAGCACGAACAAUCGUGCGAGCGCGGCCUUAACAAGCUCAAGUUCAAGUCGCGUGCUAAGCUCAACCGUGCCACUACCUUUACCUUUGGGCAACCCUGCCAAAUGGAGGACAGCCCUACAACCAUGAGCCGGUCAAGAAGCGGAAACAACAUCUUCUGCCUUGGCAGCGACUCAUUGGACGGCGCUCGGGCUAGUACCCGUCGCCUUGCCUCUUACUAA